CUCUGUGGGGAGAGCCCGCGCCGAGCGGGGACGGUAGGCUAAUCCGGUAAACACGCCUUUUUCGGUGCCGAAUCUGUGGCUGUAAACGGGAGAGUCUGCAGAGACCAGUAACGUUAGCUAGCCGUAAAGACACCGUCCCUCGGGAAGCGGUGGGUUCGGACUGGGGGUCUUUAACGCCGUGGUUUGCUUAUCUGAAGCUCCUCGCUGGCGACACACAUGUAGGUUUGAGCGCAGGAGGCGUGACCUCAGCGCUGAAAAGCUGCAGCUUCGGCUCCAGUAGCCUAAAGCUAUGGUGACCAGCCCACAUCCAGCACACCUGAUCAGGGGCUUCUCAGAAGACUGGUGGCGAAUAGCUGAGCAGGGCCGAGGCUGCACUCUGCUGGAUCUCCAGGAGGAGGGACGGCCUGAGAUGCUACACUGCACAUCUAAUGCUCCUUCAGAAAUCAAGGGGCUGAAGGUAGCACUCAUACUGAAGAACAAGUAGGAAAUCAAACAGAACGACUAUAAGAAAACUAAAGCCAGGAUGCAAUAUGUAUUGUGCUUACAUCACAGUCAGAAUGUGUGAAGACCUCACAGUAUGUGGUUAAACUCCAGCAUCAUUCUUGCCUGUGCUAACUUGUGCAAACCUGAGAUGAGUCAAGCUCUCUGGUGCUUAGACUGGUUGGCUGUUAGUUUGGGGCGGCGCCCGGCGGCCUGAGCCCGACGCCACACCUUCUUCCUGCUGGCCAGCCGCGGGAACGCGGCAUGGCCUCUCUGGACCUGCCAUACCGCUGUCCUCGCUGUGGGGAGCACAAGCGCUUCCGGAGCCUGUCAUCGCUACGUGCCCACCUGGAGUACAACCAUACCUACGAGACCCUCUACGUGCUGUCCAAGUCCAACAGCGUGUGUGACGCUGCUGCGCUGCUCCCCCUGGUGGCCGAUAGCGCCCUGGCUGCUGAGUCUCGCUUUCCGUACCGUGAGCUUCCUUGCUCAAGCGACGAAUCUUCCUCCUCUGCCGCCCGUUACCUUCCCAAUGUGGAGUUCCCCCUGGGCGAGAUACUCGUGAAGAAAGCCAUGAGCUCUGCGGACGCCGGGAACGCAAACAACGCCGUAGCCGUGGCAGCCAACGUGGCAGCGAGUGCAGUAGAGGCUGCCUAUGAGGAGGGCCUGGCGAGGUUAAAGGCCAGGGCCUUCGAGCGCCUUGAGCUGGACGAGAGACUGGAGAAGCUGUCGGAGGAGGUGGAGCAGAAGAUCGCUGCACGUGUGGGACGUCUGCAGGCCGAGCUGGAGCGCAAGAGCUCGGAGCUGGAGAAGGCCAAGGUGGAGAGUGAGAGACUGAGCCAGGAGAAGCAAGAGCUGGAGGACAAGGCUUCGGAGCUGUCGCGCCAGGUGGACGUGUCUGUGGAGAUGCUGGCCGGCCUCAAGCAAGACUUAGCGAACAAGGAGCAGGAGCUUACUCACAAACAGCAAGAGGUGGCACAAAUCGAUCAGUUCCUGCAGGAGACGGCAGCACGGGAGGCGAGCGCGAAAGUGCGCCUGCAGCAGUUCAUCGAGGAGCUCCUGGACAGAGCUGACCGUGCUGAGAAACAGCUCCAGAUCAUCAGCAGCUGUGGAACAACACCAAACGGCAGCCUGGGCUGCUGUAGCCUGCAGGGCUCCAAAGCCAAUGGACGACAGAGGAACUCCAGUAUCUCUGGAUCGAGGGGCAUGUACCAAGUGUCUGAUCGACGCUCCUCCCCCAGCACUGGGGCGUCUGGCCGGGUGAAGUCGGUGUCUCAGGGCUCAGCAGUAGGCUACGACAGUGACAGUGUGGACCUGCAUGCUCUGGAGGGCAGCCUGGAGGCACAGUACUACCAUGCACAGUGCCGCCUCGGAGAGUCUGGGGCUUACGAGCGGGGUCCUGUGUCUGGCGGGGCACCCCGCAACUGGGGCCUCCGCAAGCAGGCCAUCCAGAACUGGCAGCGGCGGCCCUACCGCAACAGCACAGAAGGCGAAGAGGGCGAUGUGUCUGAUGUGGGCUCCCGCACCACUGAGUCGGAGGCAGAACUCUGGGAGCAGGAGAGGAGGGCGUCCGCUGACAGCCAACAGCACGGAGGCCAUCGCGGAGGUUACCGGCUUGGCACGGGUCGUUCGGAAGCUGGCUACAAACCCUGCCGCCAUGAGAAGAGCCCCUCUAAGUCCAAUGAGGUGAUCAGUCCUGAGGUGCUGAAGAUGCGGGCUGCGCUGUUCUGCAUCUUCACCUAUUUGGACACCAAAACCCUGCUGAGGGCAGCUGAGGUGUGCCGCGACUGGAAGUUUGUGGCUCGCCACCCAGCCGUCUGGACCAGGGUGCUUCUGGAAAAUGCUCGCAUCUCCUCCAAGUUCUUGUGCACACUGUCUCAGUGGUGCACGCAGACGCACUCUCUCAUCCUGCAGAACCUCAAACCCAGGCAGAGAGGGAAGAAGGAGACCAAGGAGGAGUACCUGAAGAGCACACGUGGGUGUCUAGAGGAGGGUCUGGAGGCCUUGCUAAAAGCUACAGGAGGAAACCUGCUCAUUCUAAAGGUGUCUCAUUGUCCUAACUUACUGACUGACCGCUCUCUGUGGCUGGCCAGCUGCUACUGCCGAGCUUUGCAGGCUGUUACGUAUCGGAGUGCCACAGACCCUGUGGGCCAAGAGGUUAUCUGGGCAUUAGGAGCAGGCUGCAGGGACAUUAUCUCCCUACAGGUGGCGCCCUUACAUCCCUGUCAACAGCCAGCACGAUUCAGUAACAGGUGCCUGCAGACGAUUGGCCGAUGCUGGCCACACCUGCGAGCCUUGGGAGUGGGCGGAGCUGGAUGUGGUAUACAAGGAUUGGCUUCUUUGGCAAGGAACUGCAUGCGGCUACAGGUGCUGGAGCUGGACCAUGUCAGUGAGAUAAACCAGGAGGUGGCUGCUGAGGUGUGCCGAGAGGGUCUAAAGGGCCUGGAGAUGCUGGUGCUCACCUCAACCCCAGUCACUCCCAAAGCCCUUCUCCACUUUAACAGUGUGUGUCGUAACCUGAAGUCCAUCGUUGUGCAAAUAGGUAUUGAAGAUUAUUUUGAAGACCCCAACAGCCCAGAGGCAAGAAAGCUCUUUGAUGAAAUGGUGAACAAGCUCCAGGCAUUGAAGAAGAGACCAGGCUUCUCCAAAAUCCUCCACGUGAAGGCUGACGGUCUAUGCUAACCACAUACUACUAUAAUGGAUCCCAGCGCAAGGUUGUGAAAUCCUCCAACCUGAACAAGUCAUUCUCUCCUCUGUGAAAAAGGCUGAACCUCCAUCUUCAGUCUCAGCUACCUUGUCACUGACGAACAGGAAACUCCAUACUACAGUAUUAUGAGUUGAAGAUACAGUCAAUAAACCUGUAACUAACAUAGCUAACGGGUUUGGACUUUUAACGGACAGUCUUCAGAGGGACAUUAUGAUCAGUCUCCUUUCAGCAACACAAGCUGAAACAGAUUCAGAUAAUGGGCUGAGUUUUAAUGGAUAAGACAUUUUCUGACUUAUUCACGACUUUGUCUCAGACGUCAAAGGCCGUAUCUUUGUCUUCAUAGCACACAGCUGCAACCUGGAGUGGCCUCUUCUUCCAGCCAAGGAACAUGACGAUUUCAAAAGUUGGUGAACCAUGGAUAUAAAGCAGCACAUGUAUGAAAUAUACUGUUACAAAGGAACAGACUGAGGAAGGGUAUGAGUAUGCACGUGUGUUUGUUUGUGCGUGUGGUGUGCAGUUUUGCUCUUGAAAUUAAGCAAAACAGAGAACCUAGAAAUGAAAUUCAACACAUCGCCACCACUGACUUGGGUUAGCAUUCUAAUGGCCAUAUUUCUGUAGAACACCAACUCAUCAACAACACCAGCUUCACUCUUAGCAAUCUAAGUCCCUUCCGUAAGGAAACUCCUUAGAAUCAAUUGCUAUAGCAGCUUUGUCCUGUCCACUCAAUGAAAACACCAGGAUGUAGAAAAAGAAAGCCAGCAAAUGCAAGAGUGUCCCGUUUUACAUUAAUUUACUAUUAUUCACAUCAUACCAUGAGAUGAAGUGUUACUUCUCUCAUGUGUACCCGGUUCUGUGGACUGGGUUGCAUGCAGUUUUGUGGUGCCAUCUUUUUGAAAAUGUGCUCUUCACAGGUUUUUAGGAGGGUAAAAAAAUUUUUUUUUAGUUGAUUUAGGUUGAAUCCAUGGUGCCAUUCCGGUCCUUAAGGGAUAUCAAGGAUUAUAGACUCAUACAGUGUUAACAUUCUGCAUCAGCAUCCACGAAAAAGAACAUUUUGAUUUAGCUGGAGUGGUGCUAAAACUCCAUUGCCAGAUGAGCAUUAGUAAUAGUGUUGGUAACUUUGAUCCAUGAAAAAGCCUUUUUUACCAUUUAGUAUAUUAUCAGUUAUCAUGUGUUGGUUUUUCUUCCACGCAGCUCAGGUUGUGUCUCAGUAGUGCUGAGCAAGUCUGAUGUGACGAUGCUGCUGCUUUUGCACUGAACCACACAGUUUCAGUGGGUAUGUUUCAAUCCCCUUAGGGUGUCACUGUAGGGGAACACCAUUAGAAAUAUGGUGUCCUUACCAGCGGCAUUUUUCAUGUUCCGCCUUUUCUUUAAAAGUGAUACGGCAAAGAACCCAUUUGUGUAGAUACAUAAGUUUGCUUGAAAGGUUAAAUCUUGCUCCCAGUCGGUUGGGGACUGCGGGACCAGGCACGAUUCAGAGGAAAUUCUCCCCAAGCCCUGUGCAUUUGCAUUUCCCCUUGAGUCACGUUUGUCAGGUGGAGACUGAGAUGAGUUUGAUAAGCUCUUAUUUUGCCAAGACUCAUUAACAUCUGGUGAUGUUACAGUAUGCCAUAGCUCUGAUGCUCAUUCAGAAACUUGCUAAUGCAAUAAUUACAAUGCAGGCAAUGGUUUCUACCACUUUUCUGCACUCUCGGUACUGUACCAGUUAUCCAUCAGGCAAUGGUGUUCCCCUUGGGCCAGCCUCUACUCCAAGUGCUUUAGUCCAGGGGGAUCACUCUCAUGGUGCAAUGCUGUACUUCCUGUCUUAAAAAAAAUCUCCUCACAGGGCUUAACUGGACUGUAUUCUACUGAGUGCCCUGACGUGAUCACUGUAUGCGUUCUGCAGUUUGCUUGAAGAGCUGAACGGUUGGUGUAGGAUGGUUCUUGAGUUGGUGAUGCUUGGUAGAACUAGUAACAGAGACUAUAGUCAGAUAUUGUUGAUCAUACAACAUUCCUUUCAUUCUAAUGUGGACUGGGGUUCAACUAUAAUGGUGGCGUUCCCGUGCUGGAACAGUGCACUUCUUCAACUAGCCCACUUGUCUACAUUUUGAGUUCCUGACAAUCCGUCUCCUGAAGACUAUAAAAGCUGUACAUAUGUUAUUUAUGCAGAUCUGAGGAAUUAUGUUCAUAUUCUAAGGUGGAAGUGAAGGAGAGAAAAAAAUGGAGCAUCAUCAAGGUUCUCCACUCUAAACAGAUUUUUCGUUUUUAUUCCAAAGGUUCUUCUGUGGUGCCCACGUUCAGCCACAUGAAAUGUCUUUCAAAGCAUAGUGUUGAAUUUGCAGUACGUUGUGUAUCAUAGAUGCUUUAUAUAUUGAAUGUGUAUCAGAGUCCUAUAGAGAUGGAAAUUAUUUAAAAAGAGAAAAAGUUUAUUUGAGCUAUUUAUUUCUAUAAAAAUGUCUAUAAUGAUGGCAUGUUUGUGUUCAUGCAUAAUACAUCAUGUUGCCUUCUUAACUGUUCGACUAUAGUUGCUAGAAUAUUAGAUGUAAGAGCUUUAUUGCUUGCUAUGUUUCAUUUCUAGGCUGAGCAAACUUUGCACCAUCAUAUAAAAAAGGAAAUGCUAAUGUUUAGUAUUAAGGUGUUAUUUGGUGUCACUUUGUUUAAUGUUGAGCUUUUUGCAGUAUUUGGCAUAUGAUGCACUUUUUUUAAUCCAAGCUCAUUCUGAGUUCAGUGAUUGCUAGUUUUGUAAAGUUCUGUAACAAACCCAUUCUAUCUUCAGUAAUGGCCAUGCAAUCCUUCCAUUACUGGAUUUUUUUCUCUCUUGUGCCAAAACACAGGAAAAACUAGCUUUACCAUGACAAAAGUUUCUUUUCAUGUGAUUCACCAGGACGACAGGGCCUAGUUUCAGUGAAGUGGGUGUCAUAAAUGAGCAUAGUUUUGCAGUGCUUUGAGAAGCUAGGCCCUGAACGUUCUUUGGUGAAUACCUGCUGUUAAAACAUCAUGAUUGUAGAAGUUAAUUUUGAAAUAAAGUACAAUUGCACAAGAUAAAUGAAACUCGAAUCUGUAGAAAUGCUACUAGUGAUACAAGAGGACUUCAGGAAGUUCUGCUUGAUAGGUUCGUUAACCAGUUUGCCUUGGUGUGGCUAAAUGGCUGGUGAUAUUUAAGAUGGAAUUAUCAGUCAGUGGGUCACUUUUUCAAACACUGAUUAAGCCUAGUCUUCGGCUUCCACUGUCAGUGAGGAACUCCCACUAGAAGAUCAAUUUUAAAUCUAGGACUGGUCUAAAUCUCUCCAACAUAGGGCUGGUUUCCUCGAGAUUUAGGUUAAUCCUUGACCCAAAAGGCAUUUUAGUAAUAAGACAAGGCUUAAUCUGUGUUUAGGAAACUCAUAGAAACUCAAUACUGUGCGAAAGUCAGACUCCACUUUGUUUAAUGUCCAGUGAAACCUGCCCUUAGGUACAAGUUAUUCACCUAAGUAGGAAACAUAUUUAACAGAAGAUUACACAUAAGCCUUAACACCUGAAUAUAUUGUCAAAGUUUUCAGUGCUCAGUGUGUCCACCCGUUGCCUUUAUUACAGAUUUAUUUUUUGUGAGCACCUCAAAAGUUCAGUCUUAGAAGUUGGUUGUUUUUUUUCAGCUUUUUUUUACAAUCCCAGUAAUUCCCAGUUACAAAUUUAAUCAUAUUCUUUUUUAACAUCUCAGACAUCUGGUUUCGCUGUUCUAGUGCAGUUUUUCUUCUUCUUUUUUUGUCUAUUUCCAUUUCUCAGUAAGAGUUUCUUUACAGCUACACAUCCUUUCAGUAUCCAAAGCAGGAAUGGAGCUUGAUUUUCUCCUCAAAAAUGAAAGCUGUAAGUUCUAUUUAUCUGAUGGUGACAGUUUUGUUAGUCUUCCAGCCCUUGCAUGGUUAUCUUACAUCUCAUCUCCUCAGAAAUCUCUCCUGAAAAAUGAAUAACUUGUACUUAAUGGCCCAUAUUGACUAGAAAUUAAAUAAAGGAAAGAUGGCCUCUGAUUUUUACUGUAUGUGAAUAAAACAGACAGUAGAACAUGUCCUCAUUGUUUCUGCCCGGUAGAAAUAUCACUGAUGGCUUCUUCUCCACCUCGCAGUGAGGUUUUGCUUGGACUGAUUCACUAGUAAAUGUUGGCAGAACUCUCAACUGGCACAAGCACAUCGUUUUUUAGCUUUUAAGCAAGGCCAUCGUAGAAACAAUGAGUUUUUAGUGGAGUUUGCUGUUUUAAAGUGCCAGGUGUUGUGACCUUUCUCGUGUGGUUGUUCUGUAAAGAUUUGUAUCCAUAACGCAAAGCAAUCAGAACUAUUAUUAACGGCUAUUUAUGUCAAAAAGACAAAGGAGUCUACAGAACUGAUAUGAAAAAUAGUUUUAUUUAUACACUGAUGUGUAAGUGGAAUAGUAAUGCUAAGUUAUAUUUAUGACGAAAUGUGCGUGAGAGAGACAUUGCUCACAUCUUCCCAUCCAAAAAAAAAAAAAAAACUGUGGGACUACACAUCCCUGGACUGCUACACAGCUAUUUAUACUGUACAUAUUAAUAUCUAGACUGAAACAGUUGGCUUUUCUUAUUUUUCCAUGCCAUUUGUUUUUAUUGUUUGUCUACUUUAUCUUCCAUUGAAACGGUUGUGUUCUAAGCUGUCUCUGGCAGGACGCCUAUCUGUCUCUUCUUAUGGAUUCUGUACUGUGUGCACCUUCAAAGAUGCCUCUGAUCUAUUGCUUUUCCUCUGACCAGCUUUGUGCCAAGGUAUUCCUUUAUCAUAAUGUAUUUACUUAGCAAACCAUACCUCUUCUGCACAUGCUCCUGCUGUGAAUGAUUGUACUUUGUGCUCAUCUUGUCAGUAUUGUACAAAUGCAUUACCUCAACGUUUUGGCUACAGGAGAGGGAGACUACACGGCGGCUCAUUUUAUACGGACUGUCAUGAGAACAAGGCGGUGUCAUUUCAUAGACCCUGUACAGAUCAUCUUCCACAUAGCUUCUUCUUCUCUGCCAAAAAAAAUGUAGAGAAACUGAUGUUCAUCUCUCAGUUUUGGACCCUCUGGUCAUUGCCUGGCCUACUUUUCUGACUGCAACAUGUUACAGUUAUCUUAGCUUGCUCUGUCGACUUUAAUCCUCUGCAAGUCUCUAUCACAGUUUGCAUUGCGUAAAAAAAAAACAAAAACAAAACAGAAGUAUGACCCAAACGUUUACAUUCCGAGUUUCAUGCGGUUUUUCUUCUGGGCAAAGCCGAUCAAACAAUUAAAAAACAUACAUGAAACAUA